AUAACACGGAAGUUAUUAACAUCAAACUCGUCCAGCGAGAUAAAGCGUGAGGAUCCAACAACAGAGAAGGGAGAGAAUAGAAUGAAAAUAGUGCUAUGAUAUCUUUAUAAAAAAAGUAUGAUGAAUUAUCUUCUGACACUACACGUUUACGUAUUCUAUCUGGUAAUAAUUAUCACUUGUACAAGAAGAACGGUUUACCAGAACGAAAUUGGUAAUGACAAUAGAAUUUCAACAUACUGCAAAAUAUUAAAUAAGUCAUGUGUAUGUGAUGGGAAAAAAACGAUGCACAUAAUACCUUUCAUUCCGCACAACAUCACUAAACUUACUAUACAAAAUUGUAAUUUUUCUAAUGUUAUCCGGGACACAUUUUAUAACGUAGAAAACAGUUCAGUUGAAAUUCUGAAAUUAAAAAAUUGCAUGAUACAAUUCAUAAGUAAAGAUGCUUUCAAAGGGUUAAGAAAAGUGGUUGAAUUUGAUUUGUCCAGUAACUAUGGACUUGUUCCUGAAGUUAUUGCUGAGAGUUUACAUAGUAUGUCUAUUUCAAGAAUAGAAAGACUAUAUUUAACACAUAUGGAAUUGACACACUUGCCAAUGAACAUGUUUGCCGGGCUUAUAUCGACACACAUAUCUGAGAUUUAUCUUAAUCACAACUUUAUAAAGUCUCUAGAUGGUGAAGUCUUCAGAAAAUUGAUCCACUUACGCAUACUAGAUUUGUCAUGGACAGGAAUUUCUGACUUUAACUAUAACUUUGCAGGAUUAUCAAGCUUAGAAACGUUGUCACUCUCGGGUACAUGGUUUUCGAAGGUCCCUACAUUUUGCAAUGGAAACCAGAGCUAUCUUCCGAAUUUAAAGCGUCUUGAUUUAGAUAACAGUAAAAUAGACUCAAUGUUUACUCCUUUGACGUGUUUAGAUAAUCUAAAAAGUCUUUAUCUAAUGAAAUUAUCACUUCGUUUACUUAACAACAACACCUUUUCAAAGCUGAGGUCCUUGGAAGUAUUAAAUUUGGAUCAACUUGGAACCCAGUUUCAAAGGAUAGAACCAGAUGCUUUUAAUAGUAAAUCUCUGAAAAAUCUUACGUUUUCUGUCACUAGUAGUUUUUCUUUUAAUGUAUAUCAUAUCGAUAAAUACCAUCCACAAUCACUUUUUUUUAAUUGCAAUCAAUUGGAAUUUCUUGACCUGUCUGAUAAUAGAUUUCAGUUAACUGAAUAUUACUGGUUGCAAAUUUUUAAACCAUUGAAACGAUUGAAGGAACUCAAACUAAAAAAUGCCAAAAUUGAAUAUUUACCAACUUUCAAACAAAACAUUUUCCCCGUGUUGAAAGAACUUAAUUUAGCUUCAAAUAGAAUAUCUUCAUGGAAAAAUAGUGAACCUUUUGAUGAAAUAAAAUAUUUGAGAAUUUUAAAUCUACGUGGAAAUCGUAUUUCUUUAAUCAACAAAACAUCUUUUCCCGAAUCAUGGAAUAACGGAGAAGGAUCUUUAAAAACACUAUUGUUAGUGGGAAAUCCGUUUUCCUGUACCUGUGGACUGGCAUGGCUAAGACAAUGGAUGGAUACUACUUCCGCAAAAAACAUAACAACAGACAAACAUGUAUGGAGAUGUUCUAUUUCAAAUUCUAAAGUAUUGGAAUAUCAUCCAAUGCAGACAUUUCCGUGUUUAGUUACAUAUAUUAUACCAUCGUUGAUGGCUCUCUUUGCAAUAUUGGUGACCUCGUUUAUAUGCUAUAUAUUUCGAUUUCAAAUUAAACUUAAACUGUACCGGUGUAAAUCGAGGAGAGAUGGUUAUAACCUGAUAUCAAACAAAGGAUAUGUCUAUGAUAGUUUCGUAGCAUAUAGUUAUAACGAUCUCAAUUGGGUAAAACAACACUUGAUUCCCAAACUUGAGACCCUGCAUCAUUUACAGCUUUGUAUACGGGAUCGUGAUUUCCGACUAGGGACAGUGUUUUCAGAUCACAUAACAGAAAACAUUGAAGCAAGUAGAACAUUUCUUCUUAUACUGUCCGAUAAUUUUGCAAGAGACAAGUGGUGUAAGUUUCAGUUAGAUAUUGCAAACCAUAUUGGGAUUUCCAGAGGAGAUUUGGCUAUUAUACCUGUUAUAUUAAAAGACAUAAGUUUUAAUUCCCUAAAUGAACCAAUUUAUAAUGUAAUAAACAAUACGAACUGUAUGGUAUGGUCAGAAGAUGGACCAGCGUCAGAAUUAUUUUGGAAAAAAGUAGUCGAGUAUUUCCCUUCAAGUUACACUAAGAAUGAAAAUAGCGACUCCUCCGCAAGCUUUUCUAUACAGAGUUUUGAUUCUGAAAUUCUGACGUAAAAAAACUAAAUUUAAGGUUAAGUUCGUUGAAAUAUUACUAUGUUUUCUAAAAAUGUUCGUUGUUAAAAAGUUAUAGAAAUAUUACUAUGUUUUCUAUAAAUGUUCGUUGUCAAAAGGUUAUAUAUAGUUUAGCUGAUGUAUACUUAUGGGCAUGAAAACGGACUAUGAAUUAAAAUAUAUGGGAAAAUAUAGAAGCAAUAGUUACACAUGUAUACAGUCAGAGCUAGAUUUCAUAAUUCCUUAGAUAACCUGAUCCGCAUUUAUUUCCAUCACUACUAGAAGGAUAAUACAGACACACACAGACAGAGGUAGAAGCAUAUUUGACAUUUAGGACCUAAUAAAAGAUGCUACAAUAUAUGUCUACCAACGAAAAUACCCACCAUAUUCUCGAUAGAAAAUACUGAUGUAAAAGAAAGUUUAUAGAUCAGCAGGUUUUCAUUCAGCAAGGAUGCAUUUGUCCCUUACAGACAAUUUUGAAUUCGAAGUGACCGUAUUGGACAGCUGCGACUGCUACAGAGAACAAACCAUUGCUAAAUACCAUAAACAUAAUAAAGUUAUCAAUGGAGACCGAAGUUGAAGAAAUCAGUACUUAAAUCGACGUCUUUGACAAUUUAUUUGCCAAGAAAGCAGUUCAGACUUUGUCGAUACUGCAACAGACUGGCAAAGAGACACGUCAAUGUAUAUGCAUUUUGCGGACGGUAAUACUCUUAAGCUAGGCGAUUAAACAAAAUAACACUUGUUUUGAAUUCUAUAUCAACAUUAGAAGUGACUGGUUAUAUACAAACCACCAAUAUUUGACAAAUAACCGGGAUGAAAAGAUUUAAAUGAUAAAUAAAGAGAAGUAAGUUUAUUGAAAUUGAUGCGCUUUGCAACAAUUAAUGACUUUUAAGUGAUGCACGAGUCAUCAAGAAUCAUCUACAAACAUGACAAACGUUGGAGCUGAUCAAACCAAAAUAGGACAAAUAAUUAGAGCUGUGCAUGAGGUAGAUAGAUUGUACAUGUAUAUAUAUUUUGACUUAAAGUCAAUUAUAAGUGCUAUGACAGCAAAUAUCAAAUAAAUCUGUAAUGGGUUGUUGUUUUAGAUCAUUUAAAUUUUGAUAUGAUCAAAAUAUGUGUCAUUAUUCCCAUGCAUGGUAUAUGUCAUUACUUAAACAUCAGCAUGUUUUAUGACAAACAGUACAACGUCAAAAAUUAGAUCUACGCCAGGACUGGUGCUUACAGUUCUACAAUCGAAAAUAUAUUGCCUUUUUCACUCUAGAACUGUCUUAAGCUUGA